CAAUGGCGGCUGCGUUGCUGGAGGGGGAGAGUAAAGCUCAGGAGUUGCUUCUUCGGGAGUGGGAGAGGCAGCAGAUGAAGUUGAAAGAGCAAAUGAUUGACCACGACACUGAGGACUGGCAGAGUAAUGAAGUCUUCGAAGGUUUAGAACGCAUUGGUGGUGUGGAUUUAUCUUACAUCAAGGGAGAUGAAGUCAACGCUUGUGCCUCAUUAGUAGUUCUCAGUUAUCCAGAUCUUAAGGUUAUCUAUGAGGAAUGCCAGAUGGUUUGCCUGACUGCUCCUUACAUCCCAGGCUUUCUGGCAUUUCGGGAGACACCUUUCCUGGAAGAAGCUUUGAGAAGACUACAACACAAGGACCCCAGUCUUCUCCCUCAGGUUAUUUUUGCAGAUGGAAAUGGAAUUUUGCAUCACCGAGAAUUCGGUGUGGCCUGUCACUUAGGUGUCCUUACAGAUUUGCCCUGUGUAGGGGUUGCCAAGAACCUUUUGCAUGUGAGUGGUCUGGAAGAGAAAGAUUCGCUGAAGGAAAAGGCUAAAGAUCUUCAGAAAGAAGGAAAUGCGUUUUCACUAAUUGGAAGUUCUGGGAAAGUUUUAGGAAUGGCUCUCAAAAGCUGUGAGAAAAGCACUAAACCCAUUUAUGUGUCCGUGGGUCACAGAAUUAGUCUGGACACUGCCUUACGUCUGACUCAUUCCUGUUGCAAAUACAGAGUACCAGAACCAAUUAGGCAGGCUGACAUAAGGUCCAGAGAAUAUAUUCGGAAAAAUGUUAACGUAUCUUGAGAUUUCAAGAAGCAGCAACUAUAAGCUAAUAUUAAAAGCCCAGCUGAAGAUAUCUGUUCCCAAACGUCAGUCAAGAUGACCCAACAGAAAGCAAGAGCUAUCAUGACCAUCAAUAUUUUACCAGCAAAACCUUAAGAUGUUUACAUAAACAAGCCAGCUGGGCUCAGAAAUCACCAAGAUGUGGAGUUGGAAUCUGCUUCUGACUGGGAUACUAGCACUCAAAGCUCUGUAGUUCCUUACCUACCUCAAUAUUAAUGGUAUCAUACAAUCAACAGAAAUUAAGACCAAGCUUGACACUACCUAACCACUAUUUUUGGAUCUAUUUUAUAUAUCCUGUUUUCAAUUUUAACCACACCCUCACCUUGACCUCCUUCCACCUAUCCCACCUCCAUCGCCCCUCCCCCUAGUCCCUCCUCCCUACCUUUUAUCUCAGCCGGCUUGGCUCUCUCUCUCUUAUUCCUGAUGAAGGGCUUAUGCUCGAAACGUCGAAUUCUCUAUUCCUGAGAUGCUGCCUAACCUGCUGUGCUUUGACCAGCAACACAUUUGCAGCAUAUUUUCUUUGUUACACAUUUAUGAAUAAGCAUAUUAAUAUAUUGUAUAUAUUUUUAAUAUAAUCUCUUCUGCAUGUAUAACAUGGGUCGAUACUGUGGGCUGCUAAUUCAAAGUACCAUCUGGGUUAUUGCAUUAUCAGCAUAAAAGAAGAGGAAUAACUCUGGUCCUUCUGGUAAAGGUGUGAGGAAGGGGUGCGAAAUCGGUUUGAACUAAUUAGUUGCAGUAACUAGACAACAUUAGGGUAGGCAAUGGUCUGAAUGGCCUCAUGCCAAAAUUCCAAUGAUUGUGAAAUAUCCAACUCUCAAACAACUGUGUGUAGAUAAAAUACGUAAUUAACAGUUGCUUGAUGGUACAGAGCUUGAAUGUUGAUGGAAAAUGUGAUUGCUUGAAAUUUGGUAUUCUUACAUUUGUCCUGAUCAGGAAAAGACAGCAAUGUGUUCCUCUUCUCAACAACAUUGAGAUCUGUAAUAUGCAUAAUAACAUCUCUGAAAUUGAGGACAGAUGAGCACAAACAUAAAAUAAUAAGGUUACAGAUUCCAUUAAAAAGAGUUGAGAGAAAUUUAAUAUGAAGGAAUUACAGGGAGUACAAGAACAGUUCCUCUUAGAUAGCCUUGAACACUCUACUUUUCUCCGUGGAAGAGUUCAUGUUUGUGGAGCUAGUGGUUUCCCAUUUGGGUUACAGCACACUGAACUUUAGAGUCAAUAUUGGCACACACCAAGUGACAGGGAAAAAUGCAACCAAAGUGAAAUCACAACUCCUUAGAAGCCAUGCUUUAAGUACAGAUAAAUAGGAAUUAUAGUAUUCUCAGGGCAUAAUCACAUCUCAGGACUCAGACAGUAAUUGGAAACUGCAGCUAAUUAUAUUAUCUAAACCCACAAUUAGAUUAUUGCUUUGUAAUCGCACCUGUGUAAACAUUAUUCUCCAUUUGUUCAAAUGUUCAGAAGCAAAAAUAAAAAAAGUUAAUAAAAAUAUACAUUGAUGUGAAUAGUGAUUAUAUAAGGGAAAAAAUAAUAAUAAAUUAACAAGGCGUUUUUGUUAUUCAGUAGAUAACUAUCAGAUGCAGCGGAAUUACUGCAUUAUUACAAAAUGUGCUUUUCUGUGGAUGGGGUGGGACUGUUUAAUACCUAGAGAUGGUGCAACAUUUUACCCGAGUUUGUUUUUCUUCUGGUAAUUUCUUUCGUUUUUUUAGAGAAAACACUGAUCUUAUUCAGUACAGACAAAUAAUUUGUCUUUUUUUAAAAUCCGUGCCUUAAUACUUAGUGCAUUUAAAGCA